GUCUUGUCCUGAGCCGUUCGCUACCAUGGCCAUUGCAAUUAUUGGCGCGCUCCUUUUUAUUAUCAGUACUGGGCUCUGUGCCACAGAAGGUAAUCAAGAUCUUCAAGGAAAAUCUCUGAGCUUCGAAAAGCAAACAUUUUCUAAUUAUGCCAUCUUACAUCCUAAAAAGCCUCUAAACCUGGAUGCCUUCACCCUUUGCCUCCGGGUAUCUGCUGAGCCCCCAGGAAACCGUGACAUGAUUCUGUUCUCCUACUUUGGCAAAGGAGCUGAUCAACUGAAUCUUUGGAGAGAGCGUGAUGGCCGUUUCUCAUUAUACCUUGCAAGCAGUGUAGAAGGUGUUUUCUUCUCUCUACCCCAGAUCAGCACAUUUGGUACCCAACUCUGUGUAACCUGGGAAUCUUCAUCUGGUACCACUGCCUUCUGGGUUGAUGGUAAAAUGUCAGUGAGAAAAACAUAUCGUCAACACCACAAAGUGCCUGGAGGCGGCACUGUAAUACUUGGGCAAGAUCAGGAUCUCCAAGGGGGAGGAUUUGAUGCAUCGCAAAGCUUUGUGGGUGAAGUCACUAAUGUCAAUCUGUGGGAUUAUGUUCUGCCAUGUGAAUUCACCAGUGAGGCAUUUGCUUUGGGGGGAAAUGUUAUCAACUGGGGGGAGGCUCAAUGCAAAAUUGUAGGGGAAGUAAAGAUGUAUGAAAGUGGUGGAAAGUACAUAGAAGAGCAAAUUGUGGAGUGAACCCCGACAUGCAGACAGGGUGAGGCCUUUAUUCUGGAGGGCAGGCAAUUUCUAAAUCAGCAAUUCCUUACCUGUAAAGCUUCAGCUUUCGUGGAACUAUAUCUCCUAGUUCCAGCAUCCCACUCACAGCUUUAACAACACCUGUAAUUAAUUGUUAAUGUAUGUACUGAAAACACCUAAGCAUUGCUAUUUACUAUAAUUCAGGGGUACUUAGAUUUUACUGAUGUGAUGUGGUCUACUUUUAGUGAUGCUGUCCAAUCAAGAACUUCCAUCUCAAUGACAGGAUUCUGUUACAGUACCAUGGAAAAUAUAGUUUAAAUACAUACAUACAUUCAACUAUAUGAAAAUACCAUUAUCUUUCAUGUUUUUGCCACUAGUAUUCCCCUUAUGCAGCAGACCCAAUGCUCGCUCUUCCCUACAAUAAACCCAGCAUUGCUCACAGUCUUGUUUUAUCAUAAUGCUAUGUAUGAUUUCCUUUUGUGAUUGCAAUAUUAAUGCGGAAUGUAAUUCUUUUUUGAUCACCCAUGUUCUAUAAUACAAUAAAAAAGGCUUAUGCUUAUUAUCAUUAAAA